AUGCCAAUUGGAGAAGAAACUGCAACUGGAACGAGCACAGGAACGGCUGUAGAUCAUCAUUAUCCUUUGUAUCUACAGCCUUGUGACACUCCAGGUUUUGUUGAUGGCCGAUGUACUAAGGACAAAUUUGAUCGAUCCUUGCAUGAACUUUGGGAGAAAUGUAAUGCGAUAGUUUUCUCAUGGAUUAUGAAUGCUGGAAUUUCCUCAGUGUCUGCAUAUUUCUCUAAGUUGACAAACCUUUGGGAGGAAUAUGAUACCUUGAUGCCUUGCCCUGGGUGUGAUUGCCCAGAAUCUAAGAACUAUUUCGAACAUUUUGAGUACCAAAGGUUGUUGCAGUUCCUAAUGGGGAUAAAUGAGACGUAUAGCCAACCUAGAAGCCAGAUUUUGAUGAUGAGUCCAGUGUCCACAGUCAACAAAGCUUAUUCUAUGAUAGUGUCUGAAGAAAGCCAAGGAGCUUUAGGAAAGUUUUCCCAGGCUGUAGAUAUAGCAGAUGGAACAACAUUAUUCACCAACAAAGAAAUGAACUCAAGAAAUAACUAUAAGCCCAGGAGAGGGAAUAUGUUCUGUGACUACUGCAACUAUAAGGGGCACACAAGAGAUACCUGCUUUAAAUUACAUGGAUACUCAGUUGACUUCAAAAUGAGGAAGAAAGAAAUAGGUUUUCCUCAAGCAACAAGUUUUCCUCAAAGACCUAUGCCUAAUGCAACUACACAAGAGGGACAACAGUCAAUGACAAAGCAGAUGACCAAUGUAGCUUCACAAGAAGGACAAUAG